GUGACAUUAUAAUUUGGCGUAGAAAUAAUGGCAUGCGGUUAUCACAAUCAGUUUGUAUACGGUAUUGAUUAGAAUAAUCAAUAGUGACAUUAUUAGGAUACGCACAGUAUAUUUGCAGAAAAACAUGGCAAGGAAGCAGCAAAUGACAAUUAGAAAAUACGAUGAAAUGAAUAUCUUAAACGUUACAAUUUAUAAAUAAUUGUCACGACAUUUAAAAAUUAAUUGUGGGUACGAAGAUGAAUUUGAAGAAGAAGAAGAAGAAGAAGAAGAAGAAGAAGAAGAAGAAGAAGAAGAAGAAGAAGAAGAAGAAGGAGGAGGAGGAGUAAAGGAAGAAGAAGAUCAAGAAGAAGAAUAAGAAGAAAAAGAAGAAGAAGAAGAAGAAGAAGAAGGAAGAAGAAGAAGAAGAAGAAGAAGAAGAAGAAGAAGAAGAAGAAGAAGAAGAAGAAGAAGAAGAAGAAGAAGCACUGAGCGGGCUACAAUGUUUCCCGCCAAAAAUAUCACCUGAUCCGUUACUAUGUACAGGUUAAUUGCUACAGUUGCCUUUGGGGUGACAGGAUUGACACUAUGUUAUUUCUUGCACAAGUGGAUUCGAAAAACAAAAGGACAGGACAGAACGAAAGAUAAAAUAACGCUGCGCUACAACCAUACCGAACAGAGGUACCCCGACAAACAUCCAAUGACUAGACAGAAGCACUCUGGAAAAUGCAGAUGCAAGGCCCAGGACGCAUAUGGCUGGAUGUCCCUCCGUAUGUCAAGAGCACUUGACGAUAUUGGUGUAAGCUCGCGGAUGAUUAAGCGAAGGCGGGAAUCCUUCUUGCGAAAUGAGGCAUUGGAAACAAUUAAAUUAAGAAUGCUUGGAGACGAUGUUACGUGUUUAAACUUUGGUAGUCAGUCAGAAGGUUCAACUACGCUGGGUAUGAAAUCAGACUUCGACUACCUUAUAUGUCACGAUGAAUAUAAUAUUAUAUCUCAUCUGGGCGACUGGGACGCUGGCAGAACAAACUUCCUUAUGGUCAAAGAGGAAACUACACCACCACAACACUAUUGGCUUCAGCGGAUAAGACAAGACAUACCAAAACCUGUCCGUUAUAUUGGACAGGCAGAUGUUGUACACGACCAAGAUGGCCGUAUAUUUAUCCAUAACAGAAUUUGGGCAAAUCAUUACAAAGUUAAGUUCGGAAAAGAUUUUAUUAGCUCUGGCCCGUCAGUGAGUGCAACAGAAGAUGUCGAUUAUGUCCCUGCUUUUCGAUGUAAGGUUCUACCACCGGAGGUUGAAAGUUGGUUUACUCGUUCAAGGUCCGGAAAAUGGCCAACAAAAGAAGUUUUUCAGGUUGCGAGAGAGUGUUCAUGUUUUCUUGUACCGGAUGGGCACGUUGAAAGUGUAAACGACUACAUAGAAUGGAGAAUAUCUCCGAAUCUUAUUGAAAGAGUUCUUGUAUUUGGGUUUAACAUUGUUCAAAUGAAGUGCUAUGUUACAUUAAAAAUGCUGAAGAAAUCUGUUAUUAAAAAUCAGCUGAGUGCUAAAAGCAAAUUAACUUCAUUUCAUUGCAAAACCGUCAUGUUCUUUACAAUGGAGAGAAUACCUUUGUCAGAAUGGAAAGAAAAUAAACUUUUGGACUGCUUACAACAUUGUUUUCAAACUCUUCAGAUGUUUCUUAGAAAAGGUGUUUGUCCACAUUACAUUAUAACUGGUGUUAAUCUUUUUGAAGGAAAAAUCACACGCAUGGAUCAACAGAAGUUGACGGAAUUCCUGGAAAGUUUUUCAUAUUGUCCUUUAUUUGUUUUACAAAAAAUAGAAAUGGACGAUUUUGGAAGGCGAUUAUCUUUAUUCCAUGGUAAUGAUGAUUUCGUGGAUCAUAGAUUACAUACUCAUGAAAGUAUUGCAGGAAUAAUUGCUUAUGACUUUUUUCGAACAAUUUACAAAACAUGCCUUGAAAUAAUGAAUUAUCCCAUUGAAGAUAUUUUAACCUUUUGCUUGAAAAUACACGACAUACAUUUAACAAGCACGAGGUACGAACGUGAAUUGAUAUCGAUAUAUAAGCCAUUUGUGUAUUCUAUGUUCGCCUGUAUUGCUUCAUCAUGUUCCCUCCAGAGAGGAAAACCAUUCAAAACGGAAAUAUUCCAACUUUUUGAAAUAGCACUAGACACGGAUGUAGCAUCUAGCAGAUUGAAAUUAGCGUCUAUAUUAUAUUGUAAAGGAGAUCUUUUAAGAACGGCGGACGUGUUAAAUGACGUUGAACGUAGAUUCGACGCCAGCGUCCAGUCAGUGUGUGGUUGCGGACGGGGUGUGCUAUAUGAGCGUCCUUCUGAUGGGUUUCGUAAAUAUGCAUUUGAAAAUGAUUACAAAAAUAUUGUACAUAAGAUCGCGUUCUGUGUGAGAUUUACAAGAAUGGAGGUCCCAUGUGUACCACCAUUUUUGCUGUAUGAAAUGAACAGGGCAUUGAAUGAUGACAUUAAACUUAGAACAAGAACUGAACAUAUGUGGAUGGAAAUGGCCGUAGUCGACGCCCGACCGUAUCUUUUCUAUUUGCAAUAUUUUACAUACGGGGGCCUUGAAAUGCGAGAAAAACAGUUACAUGCGUUUCAAAAUUUAGCGACAUACGUUAUGAAUGUUGAUAAUAUUGAUGCUCUAUAUCAUUUCGAAACAGCGUUGAACUUGUUAGGUCACGCGUAUGAGAUGGAGGGUGACUUGGAUGAGGCCUUACACUGGUACACAUCUUCAGCUGAGUAUAUGUCCGAAAACAAUGCAGCCAACUGGCAUAUUAAGAGACUGACAGACACAACACAAGACAGAUAUUAAACGUUAAUACUAGUGAAAUUUUAUCAAUAUACUUUCAAGAGUUCUAGAUCGGCGUAAUAUUUUGAGACGUCAGGGACAACCGUUCAUUUCAUUUCCUAAUAAUAGCAAAUCAGUGCAAAUGUAUUUGAUCUAUAAGAGGAACUUUUUGUAUUGAAAUAACUGACUUCUAAAUGGAUAUCAGUUGAUGAACUUAAACAAUGUUCUAUAUGAAACCUAAUUAACACAAUGGAGAAAAGAAGAUACCCAAAGUAAUGCUGCAACAUGCCAAAAACUUUAGAUAAGCCUUACAAAACAACAAACUAAGUGAAGGAUAUUUGAGCAUGGCUUUGGGUAUUUAUGGUGGUGUUCGGGAAAUUUUAUGUUUUGUGACAUAAUUCAAAACAAUACUACUCAAUUGUGCACUACUAAGUCUGUAAAAUCGAAUAAAAGUGUCUCCAAUAUCAAUUUAUUACAUUAAUUUAAAAAGCUUGCUUAAUUCUGAUAAAUAUUCAUUUAUACGGA